AUGACUAACGCACCUGCUUCUUUGCAAGCCUAUGAAUGUAUACAUCCGAAGUUAAUAACCGUCGCCUCGGCGAAUGAAGUGUCGAUGGUAAAGAUAGCAUGGAGAAGGAUCGGGCAAGAGUGGCCGCUGAUGUUUCACCUGCAAGUCGCCUCUGCGGCAAACCUCAUCCGCGCGGACAUUAAGAACGAGCGGUUUCCCAACAACAUCGAGGUUCUGCGGCUGAAACACCAGGCUCGCGGCUUAGCUUUGGUGACGAAGGAGCUCCAGAACCUCAAAGGCCCGGCACCCGAUUCACUGAUCAUGGCGAUGAUUAUGGUGGCCAACCUGACGGAUCCCAACCCGACCCAAUUUCCGGAAACCAUUCGCCCUUCUCCAUUAGCGACCGCUCAAAACCUACACCUCUAUGCCAGACUUACGGUUAUUCCUUCCAUGAUUCAAGCACUACUGGAACUCGUCGUCAAGCGUGGCGGGAUUCAAACCAUGCAACAAUUUGGACUCCCGCAACUUCUUCAAUUCGCCGACUUGAUGGUCAGCUCGAGGCUUGGUAUGACCCCUUCUUUUCCGUGGGUGCUUCCACCCUUCUCCAUUCUCAAAGGACCCACCUAUCAGCCCGACCAGGAUGCUAUCAUGAUGUCAAUGGUGAUCGGUACUGGCUUCAGACAGCUCGAUCCCAUCGGCAUGGGCCUAGCAAAUGCCUUGAGAGCCGCGGGCGAGGUUACUGUCGCUCUUGACCACUACCAGCAGGGCCGACCAAACCCCCCAAACCUGAUCGAUAUAGUUAAUGCAGCAAAUGAAACUCACCACAAGUUAUCCGGUCUCGGGCCGAAGAUGCCUCUCAAUCCACAAAGGACCGACUACUUAUGGAAUGUUUGCCGUGUGGCCGGCCUCAUCUAUAGCGAUUUGGUUUUGUUUCCUCUGCCACCCACGGCCGGUGUUAGACCUCGACUGGCUGGAGAACUUCUCCUUGCUAUGGAAAAUUUCGAAGUUUUCCAGGCGGAAGAAGCUGCCUGUCUGGAUCAAGGCACUGAUAUGGAGGACUACACCCGUUUGCUGCUGUGGGCAUUGACGCUCGGAGGUCUUGCUUCACUGAACACCCCCAACAAGCCAUAUUUUGUGCAAAAACUGCAGGAAUAUGUUGUGCGAUGGCCAUAUAUUUCCGACUGGCACGCUUACAUCAAUCUCAUGGCUACAUACUUGUGGUGGGACUACAUACUCGAAGAGCCUGCGGCACAAAUAUGGACGGAGGUCACCUUGUCCCCUACAGAUUUGUCACACCAAGGUUCGGUAUUUGCAAGACCGAAUCGCAACCCGUCUCCAUCGGACUGGAUACCGAUUCCACCAGUCCAACAGAACAUUUCGCCUGAUUUCCAUCGGCCGCCCCGUCAUGGUAUGCCAACACCAAGUUCUUCUGAGCAAUCUCCACACCCGCCCGGGAAUGUCCAAAUGUGA